AUGUCGUCUAAGUCGGGCAAGACGUGUACUGAAGUGGCAAAAUCCAAGUCCUCUAGAUCUGGUAGAGGCAUAAGCCCGGUAUCUGCACCAACUUUGCGGAAAAAAGUGCUUUUACAGAAUGCAGCCUCUUCGAAAAAACCCACUGAGGAUAUGGAGGACUAUCAGAGGGCUAUGUUGGGAGAACCUGGAUGUAGUAAUCAACCAGACUCGCAUACUAUAGCUAUUACAAAGGAACCAAUAGAGCAAGAGAACGCAUCCUCAAAUGAUCCACAGGAACACGACAGUGUCUCGGAACAAAAUAGCUCUGUUGCAAGAGACAUGGAGGCAGAAUUGGAAUUGCUAGGAAUUUGCAAGCGUGUACAACGCACUGACGAUGAAUGGUCAGAUGUUGACAGCAUCAUCAGUGAAAACAAAAUUCAAUCCUCCUGUAUGCAAAAGCUCAAAGACAUCCAAGAACUUUUAAAAGACACGCAAAAAUCUGCAGAAGCUAUAAGGAGAUGGCUCAAUUAUGAGAUGGAUGAUCCUAUUAAGACAAUUUAUCAGAUACGGCAGGAAAUAAACGAAAAUUUUAUCAGAGCGGUAAAAGACUCUUCUAACUGUCCCUCUGGUGACCGGCAAAUAUUUCCUGUAGAAGAGGUUACGAUGAUAGUGAACCAGAACAGGGAUACGAUCGAGUACAUAAAAUCCUUAUGUCUCGAAGUUCAACACCUUAAAAACAGUUUGGAAAACCAGAAAACAGAUGUGAAAUGUAUCACUCAGGCCAUUGAGUCACUUAAAAACCCUCGAUUAGACUCCAUUGUUAGUGAUACAUGUGACAUGAAAAAUAUUGUGCAGGAAUUACAAGCACAAAUUCAGAACACAUCCCGACAGGAGAUAUCCACAGACAAAUUCACAGUCGCCAUAGAGCCUAUCUCGCAAAAGAUAGGAAUAUUAACGGAUGAAAUAAAAGAACUCAAGGAACAUGGAGCAAGUCAGUGGGCAUUUCAAAAUAACUCUGGCCUAGGUACCGAGCUAGCAGUAGCAGAGAUUAGAGAAAAACUUGACAACUUACAAGUAUGCAACUGCAGUCCACUUAAGGAGGACAACGACCACAAUAAAUAUAAUCAUGCGACCAAAGAACAGCAAAUUGUCGGUCCAACAAGAUCGUAUGCCGAAGCUCUCAUCAAACCUCGAUUUGCUCUUCUUAUUGAAUCCUCCGACCCUAGGCACACAAGUGAAGAUGUUGUCAGUACCAUUAAAGACAAUAUUGACGUGGUGCAACUAGGAGUGGGAGUAAAUAAUGUCAGAAGAGUCAGAAAUCAAAAGGUGGUCAUUACGUGCAAUACAGAAGAGGACCGAAGUAAGUUACAAAGUGCGAUCAAAAAUUCUGCCAAAAAACUCACAGUGUCAAAAUCAUCUACUAAAAACCCACUUAUAAAGUUACUAGGAAUAUCGAACGAUCUCAAUAAUAAAAAAUUAGAGGAAGCACUCGUAAAGCAGAACGUGAAGCUAUUCAAAGAUAUAGAAAAAGAUGAUAUUAAGAUUAAGGUCCUAAGAAGAAUAAAAGGCCGCACAGCAGCAGUUAGUAACAUAGUUAUCGAAGUAAGCCCUUGGGUAUGGAAGGCCCUUAAGGACCAAAAGGUGCAUGUGGGCUACCAAAUAGUCCCAGCUAUAGAUCAGUCACCUAUAGUCCAGUGCUAUCGAUGCAUGGGUUUCGGACAUAGAGCAAACGAGUGUGCAGCUGAUAAAUCAACCUGUGGUUAUUGCGCAGGCGAACAUGACAGCAGACAAUGUCCACGAAAUAACGGAGCACCUUCAUGUGCGAAUUGCAUUAAAAAUAAAGUCAAGGGGGACCAUAGUCACGCAGCAUACAGUGCUGAAUGCUUAGUAUGGCAGAAAUGGGACCGAAUAGCGAGAUCCUUAGUUGCAUACUGCUAA